AUGCCGAAUGAUCUGAGCAGAACACGCAAGCUGUCUGGGGACCGGGAAACGGUCACAAGCGGCUUCGGGGAGCCCCCAAUAAGCACACCUUUCUAUGCAGAGCCAGCCUGCCGGGAAACGAGCCAGGGGCCACCUGUGUUGUGCAAGACAUCAGCCAGGCUGCAUGUGUCCGAGAGCAAACGUUCAGGGCAUCACUGCCGGCACCGCAUCCUGGACGUGGUUGUAGGCAGCUCAGGGUCAUCGCCGCCCGAAGUUAACGGUGCAGGGGGAGGACCCGAGAGUCCUAGGUCCAUGGACUCAGGCUAUGGUUGCCAAGCCCUCCUCCUAGAGCACUCAAUCUGCGCGCCCACACAGUCUGCGCGUCCAUCACUUCUGCCGGCUGGAGGCGUCCAGAUGCAAAUCCUGCUGGGGCACAGCAACCGCCCUGGGGACCCGUUGCCGAAGGGGCUGGAUGCACCCGAGCGCUCAGAGCGUUGGCCCAGGGCCCAGUCACCCCGUGCACUGCCCGGGCAGGGCCGUGCCCCCAGCCUGCCACCCCAGAACACAUUUUGUGAGGCCCCAGCAACCAAUCAACUCAUUAUUAAUUAUCCAUUCAUCUACCUAUCCAACCAUCCACCCAUCCAUUUAUCCAACCAUCCAUCUACAUACCAUCCAUCAUCAAUUGUCUGCCACACAUUCAUCACACAUCCAUCUAUCCACCCAUCCAACCAUCCACGCAUCAUUCAUCUACCCACCAAUUUUUCCACCAGUUAUCCAUUCACUGACCUAUCGAUCCAUCUGUCCACCACUCAUCUAUCUACUCACAUAUCCAGUCAAUAA